AUGUCGCAUGCACAACCUCACAGUCGACCGGGCACAGCUGACCCGCUUCGGUCUCGGUCGAACACUGCAAUGUCGAGAGCACAUCGUCGCCCUAGGUCAAGAGGCUCCACGGCCAGCAUUCAUUCGAGCACGACCCAGCAAACUCAAGACCAGCACAUGGGUGAUGGCUUUUCUCCGUUUAUGGCGGCUCAACAAGGGCCAACACACGGCGUGUUUAGUACGAACCCGGAAGAUAUGAUCAUGCGUUUCGGUUCGCAGUUGGUACAUUCAAAUAGUGCAGGCUCCCUGGAUGCCUCGAUGCAUGAUGCCCAUGGAGCUGUUAUUCCACGACCGGAGGAUUUUCAUGGUCUGCCGAACUCAAUGCCGGACAUGGUUGCCUCUCAUGGGCUUUCAGGCAUUCCCGUAAACCACUACGGUCAUAUCUAUGACACCAGUGCGAUGGACGCUCACAUGCCGGAUCGCGGUGACGAAAAUGACAACUCCGAGGCUGGUGGUCGAAAGAAACGAGGGUCCAGCUCCACUGUUGCAAAUGAUAAUGAACUGAGAAAACUUUUACGGCAAUAUGAAAACUUCUCUCUGAAGCAAAUGGCCGCCGAAGUUCAGAAGCAUGAAGGUGCCGGUGGUAAAUCAGAAAAAGUGAAACAGGUCUUUGCCAUGGUGUGGUUGAAGGAGAAUUGUAGAAAGAGUACUGGAUCUGUUCGACGAGAUCGUGUUUACUGUUGCUAUGCGGAGAGAUGUGGAAGUGAACAUGUUUCCGUUCUAAAUCCAGCUUCCUUCGGCAAACUUGUGCGAAUCAUCUUUCCGAAUGUUCAAACUCGUCGUCUCGGUGUCAGGGGUGAAUCAAAAUAUCAUUAUGUUGAUCUCACUGUCAUCGAGGACAAACCGCAACAAUCAAUAGGUCAAACGCCACAAGACAAACCUCCCUCAGUCAACGGAUCAGUAAACGCGGAGGGAACGGGAUUCAAUUCUUCCCUACGACCUCGCAGUAUCAGCGCAUCUCAACCCCCAGUUGACACAGCAGUGUUUCCUUCACCUACUACUUCUUUUACCCCGAAGUUUCCCCCUAUUUCUAGUGCUACCGGAUGCAAUUGCGAAACCCAAAAGCGAUUUCCGCAUGACCAGACCAUUACCUUGGAGAACAUCUCCAUCCAAACUGGAAAGAUGAUACGCCAAAUGCUCACCUUUCCCUCCUCAAAUACACCGCACGCCGAUAACGAGUCAUUGAAAUUACCUGAUAUCUCACCUUAUCUCCCUGCCAAUACGGAUGUCAAGGUAGCAGACGCCUUGGCAGCCCUGUAUAGGACACAUUGCAUCUCCGUCAUUGACAGUUUCCGUUUUUGCAAAGAAAGAAACCUGUUUCGUCACUUUUCCGCAUUCCACGGGACGUUGACUGUCCCAGUACAGAAACUGCUCAUUCAUCCAAACCUUGCUCCCUGGAUUAAGGAAUGCGACUGGCUUAUGUAUCAGAAGAUGAUCGAGUUCAUCGCUCCUCUGACUACUCAGGUGGUACCGCAGCCGGUGCUUGAUUCCUUCGGCUCCAUCUCGCAACGUCUUACAGCGCACAUUUCCGAAACCUUCAAAACUCACCCUAUUCACGUAUCCCUGUCGAGAUUAAUACCUGCGCAUUUGUUUUGCAACCUCCUAAAGCACAUGCUUGACGUCAAUCAAGCCGCUAAUGCUGCCGCCGCUUGGCUUUGCCACCCAAAUAAUCGCAAUCAAAUGUGGCUUGAUUUUGCUACGUUUGUGGAUCCUAUAGAAAUGAUCUCGAAAUCUGAUAUUCCGUCCUGCUCGGAGAAAGCAACAGAGCAAAUCCUGAGAUUUGAUGUUCGUGCGCUCCUCACGCCUCUGCAUAAUCCGACAUCUCCCACUGUACUUUCCUUCUACCAACAAAGCAGAGACGACACGGAAGAUCAGAAAAACACUGUUGAAUACUCGACGGGCGAUGAAUACAACUUCCCUGACAAAUGGAUUUCUUUCAUACUCAGCCUGCCGUCUCUCUUCCCCAACCAUCCUGCGCAGUGCAUAGUCGACAAAGUCGAUAGGCUAUGGGAUUGUGUCUUACAUCGCUUGACGCUUGCUGGUGCGCCCAGUUUUAGCGCUUGGUGGAUGACCAAAGUUUUCUUUCAUGAAAUGUUGUUAUGGCAAGUGGAGAAGGGCGGUUUCAUGAAACAUACGCCAGGCUCUCUACAGAAUGAGGCCUCAGCAGCAGCAGCAUCAUCAGGGCCGGAGAAUAAUCCACAACAAAACCACAUUGCGAGGCAAGGGAAUUUUGUCCUCGUAGUGAAGAACGAGCCUUUUGGGAAUUCCGAGAAUGGCUCCAUGACAGAAUCAACUGGGCGGCAAUCUAUUGAAAGAACAGUAAAUACAGCAGCAGGAAGCAGGUCCAUGAACGAAAAGAAUACGGCAGCGAUAUCUGAAAACAUGGCCAACCUUCAUGCGCCCAAUCAUGAUGAUAGUGGCAUCGGUCUUGACGAUGAUUCAAUGCUAAUGUCCGUCGGAAAAUACGAUAUCAUGACAAAUACAGAAGAUGCUGAAGGUGAUGUGGUUGUUAUCUGA